GGCAAAAAGACCACAGCAAAUAAAAUUAAACAAAAAAAUCCCGAAAUGAAAUAAUCCUUUUGAGCGGCAAAUAAGUUGAGCCGCCGGCGGCGCAGAAAAGGCUCUCUGUCCACCGCGGAGACUGGCCGAAGAAUCGAAAUUCUUGCACUAGGAUUGAUAUUACUGGUUAACUAGGCAGAAGCAGAAAUGUAUACAGCAAGAUUCCUAAUGCAGCCGAUUCUUAGGGGUUCUCUGGCCUCCGUUAAAUCUCCUUACUCGUACCUCUACCAUCCCAACUUCCCGGCGGUAAUGCGUGGGGAUCAUGGAAAUUUACAGAGAUGGUUGAAUGCUAUCAAAGCCAAGGGGGUAAAUUUACUGUGCGUACUAUCUUUGGAUUGUCACUGGUAGUUGGAUCAAUCAGCAUUUGGCCACGCAUUGCAUAUUGUACAGAUGGUUUUGAGUUUUCGGUGGAUGAUCAUGAGUUUGACAAGUUAGAUUCUUCAGAUUCUGACGAAGAUCGUCGCGCUUUAUUGACCAUUCUAAGAAGACUGAUGGUGCCUGUUUUCUUCUUAUUAACUGUUUUGAUGAACUGGGGCCAUCCUGGUGUAAUUGCUGCAAAAGUCACUCUUAUUCUGUAUACUACAAAGCAUAGCCCUUUCUCUGUUUAUCUUUUUGUCGAACAGUUACGACAUCAAGCUAUACGCCAACACCCCUUCAUCUACAAAAUUGUGCCAUGUUAUGCGAAGAAGGUCGAAGUUGAAGACUACAUGUUUCUGUGUUUGGCUAGGGUUGAAUUGAAUGAUCAGAAUCUCACUCUUCUUGGAAUUCUUGGUAGUUGGUGGGUUUUGCCCCUGUCAUCAUGGCAGGAAGCUUUUUCAAUGUUGAGGAACAGUUUUCUGAUCAGAUGAUCCACAAGGUGAUCUUGUGUUUUGUUCCUGCAAAAGAUCGUUAAGAAAUUCAACUGGCAGAUUAUCUAUACGUUCUUCCUUGGGUAUUCCUAAUACCAUCAGAUAUCAGGGUAAAUCUGCUGAACAACGGCGAAUAAGUUUCUGGAGAUCCGCCAGCAUUAGUAUUAACACUUGCUACGCGAAGAAACUGCAGAUCAAUUGAAGAGAUUGCAUCUUUCAUAUACCUUUUUGUAUAUUCUCCAUAAACCUAAUGAAAUAUAUAGUCAAUUGUAUAUCCCUUAAAGACAUGGAUAAUGUGCAGUUUCUUUUUGC